GCCGAGUUUAUUUUGCCGCCAUUUUCAAAACUGUGAUUAUCAACAAGAAAGACAUCUAAAAACGAUCAAAAACRCUGCAAUGGAACAGCUUGAAAGCCCACAUAACUUGGUUAACGAAAUAAUCACAAUCUUGGCUAAUGUAGAGGACAAGGAAAGUCUUGAAAAUAGCAAAAACAUUCUGCUAGAGAAACAAAAACUUCAACAACAGCAAGAGUUGUCGGUUAAACAUGUCAUUGAAAAGUUAACGGCAUCCAGCGAAGAAGCCAAGUCCCUUAACGCAUCUACCGAUGAUAAGAAUGGAAACGUAGAGAAAAUCAGCCAACUCCAAACAGAGCGAUCUUCUACUAACGAAAGUAUCAAGCAAAUAGAGAACGAUCUUCGCCAUUUGGAGGAAGUUUGCAAGCAGAAAGAAAUUGACGAGAAAAAUUUGAAGGAGAAAAACCAAGAAAUUACCAACAAGAAAGUUGAUGUUCUGCCCAAGACCAAGUACUAUUUCAGUCUGUUUAGUAACAUUUCUCACAUUCGCUGGGAUUACAACAGCAAGGAUGAUGAGAUCAAGGGGUUUGUAGCCAGUCUAAAUGAUGUGAAACCAUUCUGUUUGGACGUCAAGCAAAGCUCUAAGUACUUUACCGUGAAUUACUUGUGGGACCUGAUCGAUGCUUAGGUAGGAUGCAGUUGAAAGAAUAGCCUUGUAAUGAACUGAAAUGAUUGAUUAGGGUUUACUUAGACAUAGAUGGAUUCAGGGGGAGAGGGGUUAAGGGAGUAUGUUAAUAUGAUUCCAGAAUGUGAUAAUACACACAAUGCCGAGUGUUUAGUUUAAAUCCUGUAAGAAAAUAUUCAAAACGACGUAAKCUUGUACAGAUUGAUUUCAAUGAACUAAAUACAUUCAGUAACCCUGGACUUUAUACACCCUUUUAAUAAGUCCCAUGGUAUUGUUUUCUCCGCACUUGACGUAAAAUUUAUUCUUUUGAAACUU